AUGGCCGAGAACAAAGAACUGACGGGCAAAGUUGCGCUUGUGACUGGAGGCAGCCGCGGGAUCGGCGCCGCGAUCGCUCUGAAGUUUGCCCAGCGGGGAGCAGACGUGGCCAUCAACUAUAUCUCCUCAGCGACUGCAGCGGAAUCUGUGGCGGAGGCGAUUCGCGCCCACGGAGUCCGCGCCAUGACCGUGAAGGCCGAUAUCUCCAACGAGACCGACGUCGGUGCGAUGUUCCAGGACGUCGUGCGUGAAUUCGGCCGCCUCGACAUUGCAGUGAGCAACUCGGGGAUUGAGCAUUUUGGUAGACUGGACGAAGACACUGGAGCCGAUAUCGACCGUAUUUUUGCGGUCAAUGUCAAGGGCCAGUACUUUGUGGCGCAGCAGGCGUACAAAUACAUGGAGGACUACGGACGGGUCAUGCUGACUUCGUCCAUCUCCGCGGUGAAGGGUGUCCCUCGACACGCCGUGUAUGCGGCGUCCAAGGCUGCCAUUCUGGGAAUGGCCAAGUGUCUCGCCGUAGACUUUGGGCCGCGCAACAUUACUGUCAAUGUCCUUGCAGCAGGAGGCGUCAAGACGGAUAUGUACGAUCAUAAUGCGACCGAGUAUAUCCCCGGCGGGGAGAACAUGACCGCUCAGCAGAUCGAAGAACUGCUUUCUAAAUGGUCGCCAUUGGGUCGUGUCGGACUCCCAGAAGAUGUUGCGGGCGUGGCUGCUCUGAUUGCCAGCCGAGACUCGCAGUGGUUGACUGGCCAGACGUUCCAUGUGUCUGGCGGCGCGUAUAUGACCUGA